AUGCUGGGACUGCAGUCUCUGUCGGCGCAGCCCGGAGACUCGCAGGAAAAUCGGUACCUGACGAUGGAGACCUGGGACUCGCAGGGAAAGUGGUCCCUGUCGAUAAAGACUGGGAACCCGCUUGGGCGUCGCCUGGGGCUCCCAACUGAUGGGAGCAAGAUCAAAGAGCUGGGCUCACUCCUGCUACAGACGCUGGAGGGGUUCGUGUUCAUCGUGGCCUCGGAUGGCACCGUCUACAUCUCCGAGACGGCCUCCGUACAUCUGGGUCUAUCGCAGGUGGAGCUGACGGGGAACAGCAUCUAUGACUACAUCCACAGCUCGGACGUCGAAGAGAUGGCUGCCAUGCUGGGCCAGCGGGUGGGCCUGGAGGCGGACCAGCCGUACCAUGCUGACGAGCAGGCGGUUGGAACCGGUCAGAAAUUGGCCGGCGCUGACUUUGAAGUGGAGUGUAGCUUCGUCGUGCGCAUGAAGUGCGUUCUGGCCAAGAGGAACGCCGGGCUGACAGCCGGCGGCUAUAAGGCGAUUCACUGCAGCGGCUACCUCAAGUGCCUGCGGCCGUACUCGGGCGUCAGCGCCGGCCAGGUGCGGGGCCUGGUGGCCGUGGGCCACUCGCUGCCCUCCUCGGCCGUCACCGAGGUCAAGAUGGCCGGCAACACGUUCAUGUUCCGCGCGAGCCUCGAUAUGAAGCUCAUCUUCCUAGACGCGAGAGUGCUGCCUCUGACCGGGUACGAGCCGCAGGACAUGAUCGAGAAGACGCUCUACCACUUCGUGCACGCCCACGACGCCCACAGCGUGGCUCAGGCGCACAGACUGCUGUUAUACAAGGGCCAGGCGAAGACCAAGUACUACCGGUUUCUGACCAAGUCGAGCGGCUGGGUGUGGCUGCAGAGCUACGUCACCAUCGUCCACAACAGCAGGUCUUCCCGGCCGCACUGCAUCGUCAGCGUCAACCACGUGCUCAGUGACGUAGAGGCCGGCGGCACGUGUCUGGACGCCGUGGACCCGGCCGCCUGCGAGGCUGACUCGCGGCUCCGGCUGGCCCCGGACCACCUAGCUCUCAGCGACGCUCUGGAAGACUGCGGCUCCGGUCUGCUCUGUGAGUACCCGGCCGUGAAUACUGAGGCGGACGUCCGGUACCAGGAGAAUGGCGUACGGUACCAGGAGAAUAACGUCCGGUACCAGGAGAGCGACGGACGGUACCAGGGGAGCGACGGACGGUACCAGGAGAACGACGUCCGGUACCAGGAGAAUAACGUCCGGUACCAGGAGAGCGACAGGACGCCGGCGGCCGUCAUCCGCCCGCCGCGAGAGGGUGCCGUGGCGGCGGCGGCGCGGGCCGCGCCCGACGCCCACCGCUGGCAGGAGCCGUUCCUCGCCUUCCAGCCGCUGGCGCCGCCGGCCGAGCCGUGCUGCCCGGCCGACCACUGCCGGGAGUCCGGGCAGAAGCUGGGCGGCUUCUGCCCGGAGGCGCACUGCCCGGACGGCGACUGCCCGGAGCGGUACCGGGGGCGACCGCUGGCAGAGGGUGUCCCGCUGGCCGGGCCGAACCCGCCGGCCGACGGCCCGGUGCCACAUCUCUGCGACUGUCCGCCCGCCGCGGCGGGCUACACCAGCGUGAUCGUGGACUCGCAGCUCUACGCCCAGAACCAGGUCAAUUAA